AUGGCCAAAUCAUGCCCAGAUGCUUUUGCGCACAAGAUGCAAAAACCUACCCACAACCAAGCUCCUGCACCGACAUUGACAUUGCAACACCAACCCCCAGACCAACAGAACCGAUACAUCGAUGAUCUUGGGGCUCCCCCUGUCAAGGUAUAUGGUGAUUAUCACCCCAUCCGGAUGGCAGACGAAUACUUUUUUGAUAAAUAUAUGUAUCCUACUCCGCCAUUGACCGCCUCCCUCGUGUCGGAGGACGAUGAUGUCUCCUCCUCCUCUGGCCUCUCAGCAUAUUCCGAACCCAUCUUCGCCCCAGACGGCAUCCCUACAGAUCCAUUCCCUCGAAUUUCGAAACCCGUAGAGCUUCUGCGACAUUCAUAUGAUUGCGUGGUUAUAGGUUCUGGCUAUGGAGGCUCCAUAGCUGCCUCGCGCAUGGCUCGGGCAGGCCAGUCCGUUUGCUUGCUGGAGCGAGGAGAAGAGAGAUGGCCCGGGGAGUACCCUACUGCCACGAUGGAAACAUUUAAACAAUUGCGAUUGACAGGGGACAUCACUUCGAGAACCCUCGGCAAAGUUCCCGUCAACAGCGGCAAUCCCACUGGCAUGUUCAAUCUCUUUUUCGGUCGUGAUCAGAGUGUAGUUCUUGGCAAUGGGCUAGGAGGCUCAAGCUUAAUCAACGCAAACGUAUUUCUCGAAGCAGACGAACAAGUUCUCACGACGGGCUUUUGGCCACCCGAAAUUCGAAAAGACCCUGCACAUUUGGAAAAGUACUACCAAAAAGUCAGGGAUGUGCUUGAGCCAGAACCAUAUCCGGACGAUUGGCCAGCACUCAAGAAGACGGAAAUCCUCGAGAAGCAAGCCCGUGUUCUUGGGCUUGCCGACAAGUUCCGCAAGGUUCCCCUUACGACACGUUUUCGAUCCGGCCCCAAUAGCUCGGGCGUCAAUAUGUCAGCGUCGACCCUCUCGGGACAAGACAGCACAGGCGUGAACGACGGCUCAAAAACCACAACCUUGGUGACAUAUCUCGCCGAUGCGUGGAACUGGGGUGCCGAAAUGUUCUGCAAGUGCGAGGUGCGGUACAUUGAAAGGGUCCAAGACGAGCGUGGCGGCUACUUGAUCUACUUUGCGUGGCAUGGCCGCGGUCGUGAACGGUUCUCAGCAGAACACACUUAUGGCGACCUGAUGUGGGUUCACGCAAAGAAAGCCGUCUUCUUAGGCGCCGGCUCGAUUGGAACUACCGAAAUCCUGCUGCGUAGCAAGCAGAUGGGACUGGGUAUGAGCGACUGGGUUGGCCGUGGGAUGAGCGGCAAUGGAGACGUGCUAGCAUUUGGACACAACUGCAAACAGGAAGUAAACGCUCUCGGCAAGGCGUCGCCAGAUCCAGCAAACCCCGUCGGUCCAACCAUUACCUCUGCCAUCGACAACAGGGCAGGCCUUGCGAAUCCGCUCGACGGCUACAUCAUCCAAGAGGGCACCAUGCCGAAUGCAUUUUCCCAGCUGCUGCAGUGCGUGCUGGAUCUCAUGCCAGGCAGCCAUUCCCCUGACAAGUCGCUGUUUGAGCGGACUCGAGAGGCAAUGGGCGUGUGGAAGAGCAGGCUGCUCGGGCCCCUCUCCAAGAAGGGGACUUUGGGAAAUACCCAGGUUUUUCUCAUCAUGUCCCACGAUGGUAAGGAAUUCUUCUACAUUCGGGGGUUAGAACAGCAAGUGCAAAGUUCGCUGACCAACUCAGGGAGUCAAGCAACGUUGAGUCUCAAGAAUGACCGACCCGUGUUGGAGUUUCAAGGAGUGGGAAAAAGCGACCGUAUCAAGAGAUUCCACGACAUCCUCGAGAAGGCGACAGACGCCGUUGGCGGCACCCUGGUGUAUACUCCAAUGUACCAUUUCAUGAACAAGCACCAGAUAACAGCCCAUCCUCUUGGUGGUGCACCCAUGUCGCGGGAUAACACCGCAGCAAAUGGGGCGACGAAUCACCUAGGCCAGCUUUUCGCCGGCAACGAUACCUCAGAGAUUCAUCCCGGCCUCAUCGUGGCCGACGGAGCCAUCAUCCCGGCCUCCAUCGGAGUAAACCCGCUUGCAACAAUUGCCGCCCUGGCCGAACGCACGGUCGAGUCUUAUGCCAGAGCAAACGGCUUGACCAUCGACGAGACCAAGAACGACGUUUUAGACCUCUAUGGAGAGCCAGCCCACAAGCCAAGAAGAGAUGGACGCUCUUGCGAGUCGACUUAUCGUUCUGGCGAUGAAACGCCUGAUCAAAUGUCGAACAAGGCCAAACUGCUCCGACAAAAGAGCGUCGAAUUCACGGAGCUCAUGUCUGGCUUCCUCCACAAGACUUGUUCAAGCGCCGCAGUUGACGAUACGUCUGCCUACGAGUCAGACUUUCGCGCGGGCAAAGGUCGGGGAGAGGUUGGCAGAUUACUGGUCAGCGCGACAGUCUUUGACGGUGACAUUCUGAGGGACGAGUCUCAACCCAGCGGCAUGCUCACAGGCACGUUCGUCUGUCCAACCAUUGAGGGGUCGCCGUUCAUGUUGUCGAGAGGCGACUUGGGGCUAUUCAAGAGAAACCACAAAGCUCCGGGAAGCAGCAUCCUGACGUACGAUUGCGACAUGGCUGGCGCCAACGGUCGUCGCCUUCGUCUCCAUGGCUACAAACUGGUCGACGCAUCUGUUUCUCUGAGUCCCCUCCAGAUGUGGCGCUCCACGACGACCCUCUACGUUUCCAUAACGGAAAGGGGCAUUCGAAACGAAGAUGCCAAUCAGGAGCAAAUCGUUUGGCAUGACGAUGUUGCCGAUUUUUAUUACCAAGACGUGCCGCUCUCUCCCAGCGAGAAGCUGGUUGCAAGAGGCAUUUUGAAUCUGCGCCCAAAGGAUUUCGUCUCCGAGAUGAUGACUCUAUCUCCUUCUGGAAGCAGCUUCCUCAACAAGGCCAUCAACAUGUCCAAGUUCAUGUCCUUCUUCACAUCUAAAUCACUGUCACACUUCUUGACGCCAUUGGGCUCGCUUGAGUAUCCAGAGCAGGGAUUCGUCUCAUAUAUAAAUUACACGCCUCCCUCUCAGACAUACGUGAUUGUCGCCAGCGAUGGCAUCGAGACGGAGCUGCACAUGUGGGAACCAAACCCAAGCGCUGUUGCCACUGAUUCAAGGGGCUCUCCUGUCAAAGUUGAGAACCUCUUCAUGAUUCCCGGCGCAUCUGUCGACCAUCAAAUCUUUGCGUUGCCGACGAUCUCCUUCAACUCCGUCAAUUACUUCACACGAGCCGGCUACCGUGUUUUCGUGACGGUACAUCGAAUCUGCCAGUUAAAUUCGCUGAGAAAACAGGAGUGGACAACAUAUGAUUCCAGGUUCGAUAUCAGGGCCUGCUUACAACAAAUUCGGAGAGUCUACGGUGUCAACAAAAUAUACACCGUUGCUCACUGCAUGGGAUCCGUCGCUCUCGCCGGUGGUCUUCUCGACGGGACCAUCCCACCCGAGUGGAUCCUCGGAAUCACCUGCAGUCAGGUGUUUAUGAAUCCAAUAUGGAGCACUAUGAAUAUGAUCAAGGCCAGGUCGCCAGUGCAGUUGGAUAAGAUGUACGAGUCACUCUUGGGGAACUGGUUAGACUGCAGCACGUCGAACGAGGACUCCUUGGCCCAGCGAACUGUGAACCAGCUGUUACGAUUUUGGCCGGAAAAGAGAGGCGAGGUGUGCAGGAAUGCCGCCUGCCACCGUACGACAUUGCUGUUUGGGCGUUGCUGGAGCCACCGCAACCUCAACGAGGAGACGCACCGAAACAUGGAUCGCUUCUUCGGCGGAAGUUCCAUGACGCUGAUGAAUCUAUUGAAACGAAUGGGAAGCCGCGGCUACGUUAGCUCCAACGCGCCAGAAUAUGAGGAGUUUAAGGAGCAGCAUCAUAUUGAGCGCCUGCGCGGUAUUCCAAUCAUGCUGUUCGUUGGCGAAGACAGCGACGUUCUCUCCCCAAGAGCCACGGAGACGUCAUAUGAGCGCCUGAUCGACUCCUUUGGCAUAUCCGCCGGCCUCCCCGGGGGAGGCGUUCAGUAUCGCCGAAGGCUUGUCCAAGGCUACGGCCACUUGGACUGCUGGAUGGGACGCAACGCAUGGAGGGACGUGUAUCCCUUUGUGCGCGAAGAAAUCGACCGAGUUGUUCGGGGAGAGUCGUAUCGAUUCCACCAGCCGAACGAUCGGUUCAAGUGUUUUGCAGAAGACACUGAAUCACAUUAUUAA